AUGUAUAUCAAAUCAAAAUAUCCAAACGAUUCAUUAAAUACUACGUGUAACGUGAACAAAUACUCCUAUGUAUUAAUUAAUGGUACAGAAGUUACAAUAGAAUACAGCUCAUAUACAUGGUUUGAAUCAAUGAAACAUCUCUUUAAAAACCUUGGUGAAAAAGAAGCUCCAAUGUAUCCAUGGAACACCCCCAGAUGUAAACUUAAUAUGUCAUCUUUCGGACCAAUAACUAUAAAAAAAACUACAUUAAAAAUUGAAUGGGUUGAAAAAAAGCACUCGCACGUGAAACUUGGAGGUUUUUAUGCACCAGCAAAGUGUCGAUCUCCUUACCGUAUCGCCAUCUUUGUGCCGUACCGGAACUUGAAGGAGAAUCUCAGCAUAUUCCUUUACUACAUUCAUAGAUUAAUGAAAAUACAUAUGUUGGAAUAUAGAAUAUUUAUCGUUGAACAAUUUGGUACAGAGAAAUUUAACAGAGGCAUUCUCUUCAAUAUUGCAUAUUUGGAAAGUCAGCGGUUCGGAACUUGGGACUGUCUAAUUUUUCACGAUGUAGAUGCAAUUCCAGAGGAUGAUAGAAUCUUAUACACUUGUUCUCGAAGUCCGUUUCAUUUUUCGUCGGCUGUCGAACAGUUUGGCUAUAAUCUACGGUACGAAGAACAGUUUGGGUGCGUGACGGCUCUUACACCGGCGCAAUUUCAGGCCGUCAAUGGUUAUUCAAACUUCUAUUGGAGCUGGGGCGGUGAAGAUGAUGACAUGUCUGCCAGAUUAAAAUUCUCAAACUUGAAAAUUUCAAGAUACAACAUUACGAUAGGCCGAUUUGCUACGCUACCUCAUAAAACAUCUGAAUCGGGACGAGUGAACACACUAUUUCUCCUGUUAUGCAGACAGCGCUUUCAAAUAGAGGGACUUAAAACAACGCAUUACAAGCUGAUUGCACUCGAUGAAAGAAAAUUGUUUACACACAUACUUGUUGAUGUAAACCCACACAAAUUAAAAUUAGAUGACAAAUAUCUUUUACGUCAAUUGCUUAAUGUAAGUGGAAGAAAUAAUUUGAUGGGUUAUCGUUACACAUUUCUCAUGCACAAGGCUACAAAACCAACUUUAAAAUCAUCUUAA